ACCUCAACUGCCAUGGGUCAAGGUAAGCAAUCCUGGGAGUUGUAGUUUUACUAAGGGCUUUAAGCCUUCAUUGCCAAAGAGGUCUGAUCUCUUCCAAAGCUAUAAUUCCAUUGCAGUGAGCCAUAGCGGUUCACAUAGUGCCGAACUGCAUUUAUUCUUUACUGUAAAUGCACCUCUAAAUAUUUGUCCAGUGGAGUCUCCUUCUCUGGAAGUUUUUAAACAGAGGCUUGAAUGGUCAUCUGUUGGGAGGGCUUGGAUCGUGCCUUCCUGCAUCACAGAAGGGGGUCUCUUCUAGUCUUGGGAUUAUAUAAAUCCUUUGUCUGGUUCCGGACAUCAAUCACACUUCAGGAAGUUUAUUCACAAGCCGGACGGUGUCUGAGAAGAGAGGCCCAAAUGGUCAAAGGUCUGGAAAGCAGGGAUCCUUUUUGAGGAGGAGCUUAAGGAGCUGGCUGUUUUCAGCUUGAAGAAGAAGAGACUCAGAGCCGGGUUUCAAUAUUUGAAAGGAGGCCACGUUGAGGAAGGAGCAAGCUUGUUUUCUGGGAAACAAGGACACAAUGGAGCCAUGGAUUCAAAUUGCGGGAAAAGAGGGAAAUAUUAGGACGAACCUCUUGGCGGUAAAGGCGGCCUUGCCGUUGUCCCGAAAGCUCUGCUACGCCAUAGGAGGUGCUCCCUACCAGCUCACAGGCAACGCCCUGGGCUUCUUCUUCCAAAUCUUCUUGCUGGACGUGGUGCAGCUUGAGCCAUUCCAUGCGUCGCUCAUCCUUUUCCUCGGGAGAGCCUGGGAUGCUGUGGCGGAUCCUGUGGUCGGGGCCCUGGUCAGCAGGAGCCCUUGGCGGAGAUGGGGGAAACUGACCCCCUGGACUAUUUCGGCCAUGCCGUUUGGGGUCUUCUUCUACAUCAUGCUCUGGUUCAUCCCUUCCGAUUCCUUCUCGCUGAGGUUCUUUUGGCAUCUGACCAUGUACUGCUUUUUCCAGACAUCUAUGAGUUGCUAUCAUGUUCCUUAUUCCUCGUUGACCAUGUUCCUCGGGGGCAGCCAGGCAGACCGGGACUCGGCUACAUCCUACCGGAUGGCUGUCGAAGUGCUGAGCACACUGGUGGGGUCCAGCAUCCAGGGCCAAAUUGUGGGCGGCCACCAUGCCGUCAUGCGCAAAGGCUGCAGUGUGGAGAACGGCACCCUUGGAAACAACACCACGCUGCUCCUGGAGAACCUAGAGAAUACACGCAGGGCCUACCUGGUUGCCUCCUUUGUGCUCAGCUCAAUGUAUUGCUUCUCCUGCUUCGUCCUCGUCUUAGGAGUGAAAGAACAUCCAGAUCCAUCCAGCUCUUUGGAGAAAACCAGGCUCUCUUUCUUUGGCAAUCUGCGCAUGCUCCUGGGCCAUAGACCUUACAACCGCCUCCUCUGUGGGUUCUUGUUUGCUUCGCUAGCUUUCCAGCUGAUCCAGGGAAUCUUUGCCCUCUUCUGCACUCAUGUGUCUGGACUGGCUGGGCGGUUCCAGCACCUUGUGCUUAUCAUGUUGGUGGUCACCUGCCUCUCCGUCCGCUUUUGGCAGUGCUUUUUGGGAAAGUUUGGGAAGAAGACAGCUGUCUUUGUCGGCCUGUCGCCAAUCAUCCCGUCCCUUGUUGUUAUCUCAGCCGGGAGCUACAGUUUCCUGCUCUACGUCUUCCUGGUCGCCAUGGCAGGAAGCAGUCUGGCUGUUCUGUACUUGUUGCCAUGGUCCAUGCUUCCAGAUGCGGUGGAUGAUUUCAAGCUGAGGAACCCAUCUUGCCUUGACCCUGAACCUCUUUUUUAUUCGUUUUACGUUUUCAUCAACAAGUUCGCAGGCGGACUUUCUCUUGGCAUUUCCACCAUGAGCUUACACUUUGCAGGUUACAGAGCCGCUGACUGCAUUCCCAGCCCUGGAGUCGUGCUCACACUGCGGAUCCUCAUGGGCCCCGUUCCCAUCGCUCUGUUGCUUCUUGCCAUGGCUGUGUUCUCUUCCUACCCCAUCAAUGAAGAGAGGAGGAAAGAGAUGAAAAGGGAAAAGGAGCAUCAACUUGGAAUGAACACACAGAAUCAAAAGCAAUGUAAUCUCCAAAGAGAAGAAAGAUGCCCUUGUCUUCUGGCUGGGAAGGAGAAAUCUGGACCAUUAUGACUCUGCCUUGCCAGAGAUUUUAGCACUACAUGAGACAAUACCUCUUGCAAUCAAAAAAACCUCUUAACUUGGAAGGAGAUACCAAAGAUCUGGAUUCCACAAGGCUCACUGUAUUUUGGAGAGCUCUCAUAUGGGGUCAAGCUUCUCCUUGCUGUGCUGAGGAUAUAAGAAGCUGCUGUGUUCAAGGAGAGCUUUAUCACACCAGUUUGUCGUUCUGCAGCAAUUGCGUUAUUUCAACAAAUGGACGACAGCUCUUGCCUUUUGCUAUUCUAAUCAGAGGAGGGGAUUAUUUCCUUUUUGAUGAGAGUUAAGGUACAGUAUUGACACUGACCUGUGGAUAAAGCAAUCAAUCAAAACUUUUAUGAUCCAAAGACUCAAUUGCUCAGCAAUAAAAGGUGCACAACUGCAAACAGAUACCUAAACUGAUAAAUCAACACAAGUUUUUUUGGGUUGAUUUAUGACUGAUUUCCAAACCUAUAGACAAGUAUAUAGGGUAGUUGCUGGGAAAUAUACAUAGAAGGGUAUAGUUGCAUCCACGUGCUCCUGAUGGACUUGCCAUAGGCAACUGGUUGGCCAAUGUGAACAUAAAUGUUGGAUUAUAGUCCUUUGGUCUGAUCCAACAUGGUUCUUCUUAGAGAGAGCAUCAGGCCAAGGAAGGGUGGCUGAAUAUAUAGGAUGUUUUGUCUUGGAAGAGAGAAAAUGAUGGUCCAUAGGCUGGUAGUAGUCCCUGAACCUUCAGCUUUUGGUCUUUGGAGAAAGAACAUUAUCUCUGUCCCUAAGCCUUGUGAACCCACAAUGUUUUCCCUUCUUUGUCUCCUCUUAUUUCCUGAGUGUUUUGUGUAACAUUAUGUAACACGAUUUUUGUUCCUGUGCUAUAAAUGUCAUUUCUUAAUUAAGUCUAUCAUAAAAACAUGGACAAUGUUUAUUAAAAUGCAAAAACUCUGUCUUUGUGGGAGGGACAUCCUGCAGCACAUUUUUAUAUAGCUUUUCAAUGAAUAUCUCAUAGAGUCUUAAUCAAUUCAACCUAGUUUGUAGCAGCCACAAAAAAUGAAGUUUCUGGAGUAUAACAACUACAGUAGAGUCUCACUUAGCCAACACUCGUUUAUCCAAUGUUCUGGAUUUCCAACACUUUUUUGUAGUCAAUGGUUUCAAUACAUCGUAUUAUUUUGAUACUAAAUUCAUAAAUACAGUAAUUACUACAUAGCAUUAUUGUGUAUUGAACUACUUUUUUCUGUCAAAUUUGUUGUAUAACAUGAUGUUUUGGUGCUUAAUUUGUAAAAUCAUAACUUAAUUUGACGUUUAUAAGGCUUUUCCUUAAUCUCUCCUUAUUAUCCAACAUAUUUGCUUAUCCGACGUUCUGCCGGCCCGUUUAUGUUGGAUAAGUGAGACUCUACUGUACUUUGAAAGUAAGUACUGUACUGCACAAUUAAACAGGAAAUAACACUUUCAAACCAGGAACAGAUUUUUUCAAAUUUUGUUACAUAGUGUAUUGUAGUAGAUUUGGAAAUACAGACAAAACAUUUAUCUGUAGCCAUUAGCCGUUAUUUCAGUGCAAUAAAAAAGAUUGAAUAUAACUACAAACAUGUAUUUUGAUACAGGAAAAUAUUGGGUCCACCCCUAAAGUGAUGAAUGAAAUUGUUUCAUUUUUGAAACUCAAUUGUUUUGAAAUUGAGUUUUAGGUCUGACAGCUGAAUAUGUAAACCCGAGGAAGCAUUCAACUUAUUCCUAAAUUUGUUUUUUGUGUAAACAUAAGCCAAAAAGGCAGAUUUACAUUGAUAGGUAGACAUAAAGGGGAGCAUUGCUUGGAUAGUUUUUCCUGCUAUUGACAUCUAUAUAUCUAUCAGUCCUACCCAAAAGUCACUUGGUUCACAGAUUCAAAUUUCAUACAUUGAGUUUCAAUAAAAUAUUUAUACUCUCAUGUAGACUUAAAAAAAAUUAAAGGAAGGAUGUUUUAACAUCUUAUGCUAUCAUUUUCUUCCACAGUUAUCUAAUAUAAAGGGAUUUUUAUGAUGUUAAGAAUUUUUUUUAUCUGAAACAGAAGAAUAGAAAAGCAGGUGUAAAGUGUAUUGAAGCAAAGAAGAUAGAAUAAGUUAAGAAAUGGAAAAUAGUAAGUCCUAUGUAAUACUUCCUGUCAACAAGAAAAUAAAAAAGAGGGAGUUGGUGACAAGGAUAACAGGAUCCCCAAUGAUAUCCAAGGGAUCCUGAAAAGUUAAUCUCCCAGAAAUAAGAUAUGACUGACUGACUCUCCCUCCCCCUCCCCCCCCCUCUCUCUAUGCACACACACACACACACACACACACACACACACACACAUACAUAUACAUACAGUGGAGUCUCACUCAUCCAAAAUAAACGGGCCAGCAGAACAUUGCAUAAGCAAAAAUGUUGGAUAAUAAGGUGGGAUUAAGGAAAGCCUAUUAAACAUCAAGUUACAUUAUGAUUUUACAAAUUAAGCACCAAAACAUCAUGUUUUACAGAAAGUCUGCAACUUGUUUGGGAGUGUGGCUGCACUUGUGGUGUUGUUGGGUGUGUUGGCCCACUGAGUGUUGCUGCCUAGAGAAGCAGCUGUGGAUCUGGGCAGGAGGCCGUUGGAUAAUACGCAAUGUUGGAUAUGCAAAAAUUGGAUAAGCAAGACUCUCUCUCUCUCUCUUUCUCUCUGUGUGUGUGUGUGUGUGUGUGUGUGUGUGUGUGUGUGAUUAUGAAGAGGACAGGCCAGGAAAAAAAAAGAUUUUUGAGGUUUUUCACAGGACCCCUACAAUGCUUUUGGGGAACCCUAGGGUUCUGCAGAACAGUUUGGGAAUUGCUGCUUUGCCACUAUGUGAACUGAAUCAAAGGAUCCCAGUGAAAGUGAAAACCCCACAUUGUUUUAAACACCUCUAUAUCAAUUUCUAGGUCCUCCAGUACAUUAUGGCCAACUUCCACUGGAGGUUGACCAUAGGACUGCAUUGGAGGAGUUAAGAGACUGCUAGAAAGAUCAUUUUAAUGAAAUCCGUGAAUGAUCCAAAUUGCAAUGGUUGAACACAUGUGGAGAGCUGCCUGUGCACCUCUUAAGAGAUUAAAUUGCUUUAUCCUUAAAGAUUCCAGCAUCCCACAUUCCCAACAUCCUCCAGCUUGUGAAGCUACUCCCACUAAUAUCUUUCCUGCCCCUUGGCAACGAAAACUCAUACUUGUGUCUAUUUUGGUAUCUGCUCCUGCAGUUGCCAUGCAGACCGAUAGCUUUGCCUGCAUUUUAGCUCGAUAUUGAGCCGAUCAAGAUGGUGAGUCAACUGGUGGAGAACUGGAGAAAUUGUAAUUGGAUUGCACCUUGCUGAGUAUAAUUUGCAAUGCUUGCCCAAUGAGCCAAGUUGAACUUGUUAGGGAAAAAAGCUCUGGGGGGCUGGUGAGCUAUAAAGCAAACCUAUAUCUGGUGCCAUCUCUUAUUUUUGCAACAUGGAAAUUAAAUGUAGCUGCAGUCCAAUGCUUUGCUUACCUGGGAGAAGAAGAAAAGAUUAAUAUUCUGUACAGGCAGUCCCCAAGUUUCGAACAAGAUAGGUUUUGUAGGUUUGUUCUUUAGUUGAAUUGGUAUGUAAGUGUAACUCCAACCAUACAUAUACAUACAGUAGAGUCUCACUUAUCCAAGCUAAACGGGCCGGCAGAAGCUUGGAUAAGCAAAUAUCUUGGCUAAUAAGGAGGGAUUAAGGAAGAGCCUAUUAAACAUCAAAUUAGGUUAUGAUUUUACAAAUUAAGCACCAAUACUUCAUGUUAUACAACAAAUUUGACAGAAAACGUAGUUCAAUACGCAGUAAUAUUAUGUUGUAAUUACUGUAUUUACGAAUUUAGCACCAAAAUAUCAUGAUAUAUUGAAAACAUUGACUACAAAAAUGGCCUGGAUUAUCCAGAGGCUUGGAUAAGCGAGGCUUGGAUGAGUGAGACUCUACUGUACAUACAUAUAUUAUUUAGCUUUGGAAGGGUUAACACCCCUAUGGUGUUUGUUUUGCUGUGCCCCUGUUCAGAAGAUUUCACCUCACUUUCUGUCCUGUGAGAAUUGGAUUUUGAGAAAUUUGGCUUGUUGCGGAAACAAGGAUUGGUGAGAAAGCUUCAGUGGAGACGUGAAUUUCCUUCUCAAGGGGAAGAUUCCUCUCACUUCCUGUUGUCUCACCCCUGUUCUUAACUAUGAAUCAUUUGUAAGUCAGAUCUUUGUAACUCGGGGACUGUCUGUAUUGUGUGUUUUCCCAGGGUUAGCAGUUUUGUUAGUCUGGCAUGUAUGGGAUGUGCUUGUGAUAGUGUGUGCUUUGCUUGGAUUAUGUGUUUGAGUGUGUAUUUCAGGAUACGAGGAGUAGGAGAGCCAUUAUAUCUGUGUAUUUUAACCAUCUUUGUAUGUACACUCAUUUUUUGAGUAACUCCACUGUGCCAUCUGUGCAAUGGGUAUUUUGUAGUGUUUUACAGAGACAACCCUCCACUUUGGCAUUUCAAGCUCAGCCUCCACUUUUGCCUUGUUUUAUAUUCUGUUUCUUGACCCAAGGGUGCAUCUACUACACUGUAGAUUAGAUGCCGUUUGACACUUUAGCUUCCAUGGCUCUUAUGUCAUGGAAUCAUGGGAGUUACAGUUUUCAAGGUCUUUAACCUUCACUACCAAAGAGUGCAGGUGCCUUACCAAACUACAAACCCCAGGAUUCCAUAUUAUUGAGCCAUGACAGUCAAUGUGGAUACAAACUGCAUUCAUGGAUGUUUGCAUUUUUAAAAAUGCUGUCAGAUAUUUGAAAUUAUAUGCUGUAUUACGUACUCUACAUUGAAGAUGCUCUGUAUCAUAUAUCAUUUAAUACUGAAUGUUACCAUUUUCUAUCACAAGCUGAUAAGAGCAGAUGCUUUGAAAGGGGGAAAAAUCAAUAAAAUAACAUUUUUUUAAAAGUACUACUCAAAAGCAGCUUUCACCAAACUGAAGUCCUCUGGAUAUGCUAAUCUGCAAUCCCAAUAGAGUUUCUUGGAUGAUGGGAAUGGUAGUCCAGUCUGUCCAAAGUGUUAAGAUGCUGGGAAAGUUACUCCAAAGUGCUCUAUUAAUAUGAACAUUGCAAACUAUUCCCAGCUCUUUGCUUUUUGGAUUUUUGCACUUUAUAUGUAGAGAUUUCCGCCCUUCCUUGAGGAAGGUCUAAGGUUUUGCUGCUGGGCUGAAAAAUGGAACCAGAGCCAUAUAGCCAUAAACUACAAGGGCCAUCCAGUCCGACCCCAUUCUUCCAUUCAAGACACAAUCUGAGCCCUCCUGACAGAUUAAAGGCUUAGAGGCAUCUUAUUCCAUUCUCAAAUAGCUCCGACCAUCAGGAACGUCUUCCAAAUGUUUAAGUGGAAUCUGUUCUCUGCAAUUUGAAUCCAUGGCUCCAUUGUGUCCUAGUCUUUAGAGUGAGCAGAAGACAAACUGCCCCCCUCCUCAAUAGGGCAUCCUCCCAAAUAUUCAAAAUGGCUCUCAUUUCCCUUCUUAGUCUUCUUUUCUCCAAGCUAAACAUACCAAGCUCCCCAUGCCACUCCUUAGUGGGCUUGGCUUCUAAACGUUUGACCUUUUUGGUGGUCUUUCUCCAUCUUCUUCUUGCUUUCCCCAGAACUGGACACAGAGCUAUUACAGGAUUCCAGGUGAAGCCUGACUAAAGCAGAAGACAGUGGGGCUAUGACUUUCCUCGAUCUAGACUCGAUCCUCCUUAUGGAUGUAGAAAGAAAGACUGAACUCCCUUUGGCCACCUGAGGCCAGAAGUCUCCACCAAUGGCUGAGUGGGCUGCGAACAUCUUGUACGUUCUUUUUGAUCAAUUUAUUCAUUCCUCUAUUCUAUGCACCAGGUUGUUUUCCACCCCCGGACGCUAAAGGGGAUGGUUUUUUGGUGCUAGGGAAUCAAAAGCUGUUGUUAUUCCAUCCUGCUAAAAGCUCAGCGAUAGAUGUAAUUUGUAUUCUUGUACAUUUCACGACGUGGGUUGGAACAGCAAUGAGUUUCAAGCUGUGCUUUCUACUUCGGCACUUGACUCUAUGCUUGCUUUUUUCUCUUACUUGGAAAAAAUUCUGACUUUGAUUUCAACUGACAAGCAGUGACUUUUCUUUUGUAUGAAUUGGAAAGCAAUGCUGGUGUUCUAUUUCUCACCUUGUCCUUAUUCUCUACAGCAAGGAACAUACAUACCUUUUCUGCUUCUCCCAAGAAUAGGGGUAGGUCAGUUAACCAAGGAUGCAUCUAUACUGUAGAAUUAAUGCACUUAACCAGCACAUCAGCUACCAUAGCUCCAGGGAGCUGUAGUUUCACAAGAUAUUGAGCUCUCUAUGCCAAACGGUGUUGGUGCUUCACAAACAACUGGUGUGUCUACAGAGUAGAAUUUACGCAGUUUGACCUCACUUCAACUGCUAUGGCUCAAUGCUAUGGGGUCAUGUGAAUGAUCGUUUUACAAGGUCUUUAGGCUUCUCUACCAAAGAGUGCUGGUGCCUGACAAAACUACAACCCUUAUGAACCCAUAGCACUACUCACAGAAAAGAAUUAUUUUUGAAUCUGGAGUAUCAUUCAAAAUUGGACUGAGCUGAAAAUCUUCACAUAUUAUGAAGCUAAUAAUAUUAAGCAACAAAAUUUGAAAGUGUUACUCCUGUUUAAUAUUGCGGUCCUUACUUGGAAAGUAGUUGUUAUACUCCAGAAAUGUCAUUUUUGUGGCUGCCACAAGCUAGGUUGAAUUGGUUGAGACUCAAUGAUAUAGUCAUUGAAAAGCUAUAGCAAAUGUGCUAUAGCAGGAUGUUCCUCCCGUAAAGACAAAGUUUUUGUAGUUUAAUAAACUUUUUCCAUUUUUUAAAUGAAAGAACCAAUUAGAAAAUUAUAUUUAUAACAUAGGAACAAAAAUCAUGUUACAUAGUGUAAUCUUCAGUUAUGAAUUAUGUUGGGUUGUAUUGAGGCAUUGUGACCUUACUUAUUUCUCCUUAAUGUUGACAUCUUGCCCCCAAGUUUUACAAUUUGUGAGAGUUAUAUAGAGAAAUCAGACCCCCCCCAAAUUAUGAAAUGUAUAAUGAAAUGUUUAAAAUGGAAGCUGCCACUUUAUCAGACCCAGCAAGCAUGCAUUUGUGCCUCACCUCAGCCAUUGUUAUGAAUUGUCAUUGAAAUAUUGCCUGGGCGCACCCAAGACCCCUUCCCUUUAAUUUCCACCCCCCCUCCCCCAGAAAGACCUGGGAGACAAGGAGAAACUAGUCCCCAAGUUACAAACAUCCAUCUUACGAACGACUCUUUGCUCAAUACGGGGGUGAGACAACAGGAAGUGCAAGAAAUCUGCCCCUUGGAAGAAAGGGAAAGCAACUGUUAUUAUCAUGGGGAAAAGGUGUUUCAAUUGAAGCUUUCUCGCCAAUUUCUCACACUGGCCUCCAACUGACAAAGAGUUCUUCUCUCACCCUGGACUUUCCACAGUUAUAUAAACCUUCCUUGGUUAGUUUCUCCAUACCUCACAACCUCUGAGGAUGCCUGCCAUAGAUGUGGGCGAAACGUCAGGAGAGAAUACUUCUAGAACAUGGCAAUACAGCCCGGAAAACAUACAACAACCCUCUCACCAAUCCUUGUUUCCCCAAAAACCCUAAUCUUUAUUGUGUUCACAUCAAGUUCAUCAUAGACCAGGCAUGGGCAAACUUGGGUCCUCCAGGUGUUUUGGACUUCAACUCCCACAAUUCCUAACAGCCUACCAGCUGUUAGGAAUUGUGAGAGUUGAAAUCCAAAACAUGUGGAGGGCCUAAAUUUGCCCAUGCCCGUAAAAGACUCAUUACCUGGCAUUGUACCACAUUCCUUUUAGAUUGCGCUCAAGGGUGGACCAUUGGACGAACUGACACUUCAAAUGUUCCAACCAGAGAAGAUGUCUGAUGGAGUCCUGAGCCGCUCAAGAUGCGGAUCCAAGCUGGACAGUUCUUGAAUUAAUAGUGCAAGUAUCUUGAACGGCUGACAAAUGAGAUAUAAAUAAGUUGCUGUAAUUUUUUCAGGCUGUAUGGCAUUAUUUCCUGACUUUUGCCUGCAUCUUUGGCUGACAUCCCUAAGAGGUUUGUUCAGACGUCUGUUGGAAACGAGGCAAGUAGAGUGUAUAUAUAUCUGUGGAAUGUCCAGGACGGGAGAAAGAAGCAAGUGUAAAUAUUGCAAAUGGCCAGCAUGAUUAGCAUUAAGUGGUUUUGCAGUGUUGUUGCCUGGAGGUAUCCUUUGUUUGGGUAGUGUUAACUGGCACUUGAUUGUUUGCUGUCUGAAUUUCCCUGUUACUGAGUGGUGUUCCUGAUUUACUGUCUUGAUUCUGGUGUUUUGCUUUUAAAAAAAAUAUUGAUAACCAAAUUUUGUUCAGGAAACCAUGAAAAUGAACAAAAUCUGGUUACCAGUAUUAAAAAACACCUAAUGAACACCACUCAUCAACAGAGGACUUUAAGAUAGCGAACGAUCAAGUGUCAGUCAACAUCUCUGAAACAGAGGAUGCUUCCAGGCAACAACAUUGAUUGACUUUGUAGCUGGCAAGGCUACUCAAUGCUAACCAUGCCUGCCAAUUACAACAUUCACAUUUGCUUCAUAGAGAUAAUGGUUCUUCCUCCUACCCUGGACAUGAUUGCACAGAUAUAUAUACACACACACUCUACUGGCCUCAUUUCCAACAGACCUCUGAACAAAUCUCCAAGGAUGCUUGCUACAGGUACAGGCAAAAUGUCAGGAGAGAUUGCAACUGGAACAUGGCCAUACAGCUCAAAAAACUCACAGCAACACAGUGAUUUCAGCCACAAAAGCCUUCAAUGAAAUAUAAAUUUUGUGUAUUUUCAAUUGGGGUAUGCAGGUUCUUUGGUACCAGAGUGAUUUCUUAGCUGACAUCCUCUCUGGCCAUUAAGAACAAACCUCUGCUUUGUCUGCAUCCGAUUCGGCCUUCUGGGAAGCUAGGCAUGCCAGGCCUUUGUACCCAUGGUUUAAAACGCUAAAAUCACUCAAUGCGAUGGAUCUCCGAGUCCUGCUCCUAAUUGAAGUCAGCAUGCUGCUCAGUCGUUUAGUCGUCUCCGACUCUUCGUGACCUCACAGACCAGUCCACGCCAGAGCUCCUUGUUGGCUGUCACCGUCCCCAGUUCCUUCAAGGUCAAGAAGUCAGCAUAAUUGUCCAGUUUCUGGAACUUCUUCUCUAUUCCUGAAUCAGGAUUUUCUUAUUUCAAAUAAGUAUUCAAGGUUUACGAUGCCAAGCUUGUUGGCGGUUUCCACAUUAGAUGUUUUUGGUUGACUCCGCUCUGUAGAAUUGAUGUGGUUUGACACCACUUUUGAAGGGAUCAUAAGCCAGAAAAUAGUAAACUUUUCCUAUGUAGCUUUGCCUCUGCAUAUGCCCCUCCCUUCCUAUGAGCUGGUGCCUUUCUCCAGAAAGUUCCAAGUUAGCUUGAAAUCAACAAGUGAGGUCACAGGUAUCAUUUAUGCCAAGUGGGUGUGGAAGGUGAGGAAGACCCUCAGCCAUUGGUCAAUUUUAGAUAAGCCAAAGGUAUAGAGUCUUUGUUUAUUGCGACAUGCUUUUGUGACGGCCAUUUGCAUGAUACAGCCCUCUGGGGUAUGUAUGGCUGUCGCCUUCUCACAGCUGUGGUGAAAAUAAACUUUGCUUUUUCCAUCUCUCACGA